CUCGGACUGUCUACAUUUGAGGUUGAAAUGAGGCGUCGGCUUUGGUGGCAGAUAUGUACCUUGGAUGUUCGUGUUGCCGAAGUUUCUAGCAGCGAACCAUUCAUUAUCCAACCAAGUCUUCAUACAGAGUUGCCACUCAAUAUCAACGAUAUAAGCCUGGACCCUCACAUAGGUGAGCUAAGCCCGCAACCAGGACGAAGCGAGAUGCUGCUCAGCUUGGUGCGGAUCGAAAUAAGCAAUUUUGCGCGACGAAUAGUAUUCUCGGAUCAAUUUUGCCGAAUUAACAACUAUGGCAUGAUGAAUGAAGCACAAAAGUGUCAAGCGAUAGAUGAGUUCAAGGAGCGCAUUGAAAAACAGUAUCUGUCGCAUUGCCAUGAAGCGAUUCCGCUAGAUUGCCUCAUCAUUAUGAGCAGCAGGCUCAUUCUUGCAAAACUGAAGCUGGCUGUUUAUAAGACGCGCCCAAAUCAACAUCCCGAGAUGCCUGUGAGAGCCAACUAUAAGAAAGCUUGUGAGAAGUUUUUGGAGCAGGCAUGCGAACUACGACAAUACAUUAGGGGGCGCCGGUGGCUGUGGUUGUUCCAAUAUAUUGAAUGGGAUGCGCUUGCAUAUCUUCUGCUAGACCUUUGCAUUACUCUGUCAUUGCCAGGUCUAUCGUCAAAUGAGUUCAUUACAACGCCGUGGAAAGUGGUUGAUGGUAUUUAUAAAUACUGGAAACAACAACCUGACGUCCAUCGAGAUCGUGGUUGGGUGAAGAUUGAGAAACUUUACUCAAAGGCUCUAUCUGUGAAGGAAAGAGCUCAAAAUGCAACGCAGACAUUCCAGGCAACUCCAUCUUAUUGUUCUCAGGAGGCACAUGAUCAACCUGAGGAGCCCUCUAAUGGCACCGAGAUGCAACAGCAGUGCGAAUCAAGUCUGGAUUCUGCUUCGGCUGAAGAAGCCCAAAGCUCUGCAAGCACCACUGAGCUGCCUGGAGCGGGGACUGCUUGUGAGUGGAACGCUUCUUUGAUAGAGACAUAUUGGGAGGUCGCCGGGCAUGGAAAUGAGGGAUUCUAGCGUUUUGAAAUGAAGAUAGUUUUAUAGUUAUUACAAACAGAAAUUCUUCUCUUGG